CCAAGUGCCUCCCAAAAAUGUAUGCCAACUUUUGACAGUUCUAUAGAAAAUAUUCGAGAUAUAAUAGUAUACCGGCUACAAGUGUAUAUUAAUUAUUGAUAUUUAAGAUAUUGAAGAGGAAGUAAGCAAGAUGAUAAGCGACGUGCAAUUGGCAAUUUUCUCCAAUGUUUUGGGCGUUUUUCUAUUUCUUUUGGUGGUGGCAUAUCACUAUAUUACGGCCAACGCUGGCAAAAGUUCAGCGAAAUCAAAAUAAACUUUCCAGAUAAAUGUUAAUCGAUUUCAUUUUUAUUAUUAAAAUAUAAAUACAAAAAUAAUUUAACGAAA